CACAAAUUGAAACAAGUAUAUAAAUAAAAUUUCAAAAUAUGUCUUGUUUUGUGGACGUUACUUUUAUAUUUAUCGUAUUUCUGUCAUGUGUACACACGAUGGCCGCUAGUGACAUUAUUAAGGAUGACGAACUAGACAAGGGCGCUCAUAGUGAACGGGGAGCCCUGUGGUUCGGUCCGAGGUUGGGCAAGCGGUCACUUCAAUUCGUCGAUGAAGAUAACAGCCAAGCCAUUUUGAAGCUGCUUGAAGCGGCUGACGCUGUCAAAUAUUAUUACAACCAAAUGCCGUACGAGAUGCAAGCUGAUGCUCCACAAGCUAAAGUUACAAAGAAAGUCAUCUUCACACCAAAACUUGGACGGACAACCGAUAACCAAGAGAAGAGAUUCGAAAACGUGGAGUUCACUCCAAGAUUAGGGAGGAAGUUAGCGGAGAAGAUGGCGGCCACGUCUGACGAUGAAAGCUACUAUCCAGAAUCUGUCAGAUUGAACACGCGUUCCAAUUAUUUCUCACCGAGACUCGGAAGAAACUUCAACUUGGCUAACAAACUUCCACGAGAACUCAUUUAUGAUAUAUAUUCAGAGCCCCAAAUAAGAGUCGCGAGAAGUUUGAACAGGACAAAAUCGUCGAAAUUGUAAAUAAUUUUAAAUUGAUUGAAUUACAAUGUUUUGGACAAAGUGUAUUUACGGUGCUAGCUAAUAA